CUAUUUAAAUGCCAGAAGCCCACUGUCCAAACAGAGAGAGGGGCGCAACAAUAUGAUGGACCUUUUUGAGACCAACACUUAUCUUUUCGGUGAUUUGCGCUAUUUGGAGGAAGGGGAUCACGGGGCACUUCAGCACUUGGACAUAACGGGGGUGUCCCCCCUGUACAACGGCGACGACAGCCCGCUGUCCCCGGGCCAGGAUAAUGUUCCGUCGGAGACAGGAGGGGAGAGCAGCGGGGAGGAGCACGUCCUUGCGCCCCCGGGCCUGCGGGCGCACUGCGAGGGCCAGUGCCUCAUGUGGGCCUGCAAGAUCUGCAAGAGAAAGUCCGCGCCCACGGACCGACGCAAGGCCGCCACGCUCAGGGAGCGGAGGCGGCUCAAGAAGAUCAACGAGGCCUUCGACGCGCUGAAGAGGAAGACCGUGGCCAAUCCCAACCAGCGGCUACCCAAGGUGGAGAUUUUACGCAGCGCCAUCAGCUACAUCGAGAGGCUGCAGGACCUGCUGCAGACGCUCGACGAGCAGGAGAAAACCCGCAACGGAUCCGCGUUUAACUCCAAAGAACACAGCGUGGCCGGGGACGAGUACCACUGGAAGAAGUCCUCUGAGACAUGGACGACGUCUGCUGACCAUUCCGCCGGAGCGAUGAACCAGAGAGAAGGAAGCAGCGAGUCUUCAGGCUCCUCCAGCCUCCUGCGUCUCUCCUCCAUCGUCAACAGCAUCACCAACGACGAGAAGAUCAGCUUCUCUGAGGGCGUCUCAGAAAACUGAGCUGUUGGCGGCAACACGGCAUUUCUUUACAUAGUGCAAAUUUCCGUAUUCUGUCUCUAAAUUAUUUCCACGCUGAUCCAAACGUUCUGGCUUCUGUUUUUGUUAACCAUUUGUACAGGAAGGAGCAACAAAUUUGUACAUAUUUUAUAUCGACGAGAUGUCUAGAUGUAUUUAUUUUGUGCCUGAAAGCUAAAAUCUUCUUUAAGAAAGCAGGGGAAUUUAUUUAAAUAUUUGUAUAUAGCUGACCAACCAAAUAAAUGACAGUAUUAUA